GGUGACAGGGGAUGGGAGAAAGUUUGCAAAAUUCCGUUCUCUCCCUUCCCUUCGGUCCCGCUGCCGCCUGGAAGACUUCAGAUCCUGCUGUGCGUUGCCAGCACAGCAUCGUUGGGUGGUGCCUUGCUCAAAGAGCCACAAUUCAGCACCCAAAGCUCUGUCUGAGCGCACUGAGAGCAUCACCCCCCCGCUGCCCCCCCAACUGAAUAGUGUUGUCUGUCUCUUAGGCCUUGCUCAUGCUGCCACCAUAAUAUCUGAGUGCCUCCCAGCCUAGUAGACUGCUAUCGUGAGGUCCCUGCUCGACCUCAUGGAAUCCUCUGCUCUCCUCCCUGCCCAGGUGUCGGGGAGCACCGGCUGGGAGUCUCCCAGGGCUCUCGUUAUCUCCCCGGGCUCCGUCAUGUCGUGUUUCACCCAGCUGUGGCACUCCAGCACCCCGGACUCGCCCACCAGCCCCGUCCCUGCGUCUCCAAAUGAAGCCCCCAUCCCCAUCAGCCCCAUCGUUAUCACUUCCCCAGGGGACAGCAAGAGGAAAGCGAGGUCCCCCACCGACAAGCCAGGCUCUCCAAACCCAACCUCCCCGAAGCCGACCUCCCCCGUUGAAUGUUCCAUUUGCUUCAACACCUACGACAACACCUUUAAGACACCCAAACUGCUCCAAUGUUCCCACGUUUUCUGCCUGGAGUGCGUGGCCCGCCUGAGCAAAGGGCUGCCCCCAAACCACCCUGAGGACCAGCUCCCCUGCCCCUUCUGCCGCCAGCUGACCAGCAUCCCUCUGGAAGGCGUCCCAGCUCUCGAGACCAGCAAGGAGCUCCUUGCCACGCUGCCCCCUGAGCUCCAGCAGGAGAAGGUGCUCUGGAUGGAAGGGACCAAGCUGUGCUGCCGCCGGUCGUCCGAUGACCCCGAGAACCCAGACUCGUGCAUCUCCAUCGACGUUGCCAUGAGCAAGCCCGAAAGCCCGGAGGCUCCCCCGACGGGGCUGGCGGGGAGGCUGUCCCGUUGCGACAUGUGCGACGACUGGAAGCGCAUCGUCCUCCUCUCGGCGCUCAUCAUCAUCCUCUUCUGCAUCAUUCUGUGGCCGGUGCAGUGCGCCCUGAAGACGGGGAACCUCCGCUGCUUCACCAGGACUGUGGCGAUGAGCAGGCCGGAAUACCUCCCCCCGAAACACACCACGGCAGCCCCAGCCGUCACGCAGAUCCCUUUCCAGUAGCAGCCCACGGAGGAGACACUUUGGGGAGGCAGGAGCAGGGCACACUGCCCGACAGCAUCCCUCGCCGUGCCUGCACACCCCAGGGUCCCCACGCUCGUUCUGCGGCCGCGCUUGGGUGCAGGCACCCGCUUCCAGGAGCUCUGCUGAAACCUGUGCCUGCCAAGCUGUCUCCAGCCCAGAAACGCUCCCAGGAGCUGUCAGCAUCCCUCUGCCAACUCUCCAUGGGAACCAGAGCCUCGAAAGCUGUUGCAAAGGUGCGGUGGGCGACAGAUUCACUUCUAGGACUGCUCGCCCAGAGUGGCGCAUGGGCCUUGGCUGGAUACCAGUGGGUGUAGUUCCUUCCACCUCCCUUGGGGAAUAAAGGGCUGUUUCUUUUGCAAACCGAAGGAUCUACAUGAUUAUUCCUGAGAGGAGCUGGGUUUGGGAGAGUAAAGACAU